AUGGCUGACCCUGAGUUGGAAGCCAUCAGGCAAAGGAGAAUGCAGGAGCUAAUGGCACAACGUGGCAUGGGUAGCAAUCAGAACCCCGAACAGCAUAAAGCCCAAGAGGAUGCCAAAAGGGAGGCUGAGGAGCAAAGGCAACUGAUUCUUACACAGAUUCUGACAUCAGAAGCACGAGCUAGACUUGCUCGGAUAGCACUGGUUAAACCUGAAAAGGCAAGAGGAGUUGAGGAUGUUGUAAUAAGAGCCGCUCAAACGGGUCAGAUUGUCGAGAAGGUAUCAGAGGAGAGGCUCAUAUCUUUGCUUGAACAAAUCAACACCCAAACAACUAAAGAAACCAAAGUAACUAUUAAGAGGCGGACGAGCGUUCUUGAUGAUGAUUAG